CGUACUUCCACUCUUUCCUCCCGUCGCGCUGCGCAGAGCCACAGACGGUCCUCCAGCUCCGUGCAGCCCGGUGCGAAGAUGGUUGGCGGCGUGUGUGCUCGCAGGUUGGCCCGCCGGUCGCGGUCCGCCCUGAUAGCAGCCCUCACGGUGCUGCUGGUGCAGACGCUGAUUGUGUGGAACUUCAGCAGCCUCGACUCCGGCGAAGACAGGGAGAACGGAGGCUCCAACGGCCGGGGGAAGAGGGACCGGGUCGCGGGCAACAAAGCCGCCGGCAGCGACUACUUCCAGCACGGAGAAGAGCGGCAGCAGCAUCUUCCUCCGCCUGGGAGGGGGACUUCUCGACACAUACAGCAGCCGGAUGGAUAUUACUCCCACCGGCCGAAGGAGAAAAGCAGAGUCGACAGCAACAAUGAAAACUCCGUGCCCAAAGACUUUGAGAACAUAGACAAUAGUAACUUCGGUGCGCGCUCACAGCCGCACCGGCAGUCUGUAGGGGCAACCAGCAGUAAGCAGCAGCGAGAGCAUCUCCAGGAGAAGGCCCACGCCCAGCAGCAGGCCUGGCGGGGCAGCCCCCCAAGUCCGGGCCGCAACUCAAACGAAGUUCUGCCCGUAGGCCACCAACCGCUGGCAGUUGGCAACAACAUUUCCUACCUGGGUGGUCAUGGCGCCGCAGGAGGAGCGCGGCAGCACUACCGUGCCUCACAGGCCCAGCAGGCCCCGUCGCAGCACAGACACCAACACCCCCACAGGAGGCAGGCGACCGCAGCCACGCUGGAGGUCACCUACGACCAGCCACCCAAGUGCGAGAUCAGCGGGAAGGAAGCCAUCUCAGCUCUGUCUAGAGCCAAGAGCAAGGAAUGUCGGCAGCAGAUUGCUGAAGUGUACUGCAGACACAAGGAGGGACAGUUAAUGCCAGAGAAGGUCACCCGCUACUGCCCACUCGAGGGUAAAGCCAAUGUGAAUGUCCAGUGGGAUGAGGACUCUGCUGAGAACUUUCCAUCAAAGCCAGUGAGAAUAGCGUUUGUCCUGGUGGUCCAUGGACGAGCCUCCCGCCAGUUUCAGCGCCUCUUUAAAGCCAUCUACCACACCUCCCACUACUACUACAUACACGUUGAUCAGCGCUCAAACUACCUGCACAGACAGAUACAGUCCUUCGCAAGCCAGUACCCCAACGUGAGGGUGACACCCUGGCGCAUGGCCACCAUCUGGGGUGGAGCCAGUUUGCUGACCAUGUAUCUUCGCAGCAUGGCCGACCUGCUGGCAAUGAGGGACUGGAGCUGGGAUUUCUUCAUCAACCUCAGUGCUGCUGACUACCCCAUCAGGACCAAUAACCAGCUGGUGGCCUUCCUGUCCAAAUACAGAGGCAUGAACUUCAUCAAGUCCCACGGCAGGGACAAUGCCAGGUUCAUCCGUAAGCAGGGUCUUGAUCGCCUGUUCUUUGAGUGCGACACCCACAUGUGGAGGCUGGGUGACCGUAAAAUCCCAGAAGGCAUCUCUGUGGAUGGCGGCUCCGACUGGUUCCUUCUCAACCGCAUGUUCGUGGAAUACGUAAUCAACUCCAAGGACGACCUGGUCACCAGUAUGAAACGCUUCUACGCCUACACACUGCUGCCUGCUGAGUCGUUCUUCCACACUGUGCUGGAGAACAGCGCCCACUGCGAGAGCAUGGUUGAUAACAACCUGCGCAUCACCAACUGGAACCGUAAGCUGGGCUGUAAGUGUCAGUACAAGCACAUCGUGGACUGGUGUGGAUGCUCUCCUAACGACUUCAAGCCCGCAGACUUCCACCGCUUCCAGCAAACAGUGCGGCCCACCUUCUUUGCCAGGAAGUUUGAAGCCAGCGUGAACCAGGAGAUUGUGAACCAGCUGGAUGCCUACCUGUUUGGACCCUUGCCCCAGGGAACGCCGGCUCUACGCUCCUACUGGGAGAACGUGUACGACGAGCCAGAUGGCGUGGCAAGCCUGUCGGACACACAGCUCACGUACUACCACUCCUUCUCUCGACUGGGCCUGGGGAGGGCUGCCGCCUCGCUGCAGGGGAACCCGAAAGAUCACAGCUGCCGGUACUUCCCCAUGGGCCACCCGGUGUCAGUGCAUCUCUACUUCCUGGCCGACCAGUUUCAGGGCUACCUGGUAAAACACCAUGCCACCAACCUGGCAACCAGCAAGCUGGAGACCAUGGAGACUUGGGUGGCGUCCAAGAAGAACUUCAAGCUAACCACCCCUGCCACCAGCACAUUCAGCAGGUUGCAGUUCGCAGAGAUCGGGACAGAGUGGGACGCCAAAGAACGCAUGUUCAGAAACUUUGGCGGCCUGAUGGGUCCCAUGGACGAGACGGUGGGCAUGCAGAAGUGGGCUAAAGGGCCCAACGUCACCGUCACGGUCGUGUGGAUCGACCCCACCAACGUCAUCGCAGCCACCUACGACAUCCUGAUUGAUGCCAGCGCCGAGUUCACCCACUAUCGCCCGCCUCUCAACCAGCCCCUGCGUCCUGGCGUGUGGAGCGUCCGCAUCCUGCAUCACUGGAGCCCCGUGGCUGAAAUGCACUUUCUAAUUGCGCCGUUGGCUUUUAACAAGCGCCAGCCCAUACGACAAGAGGAUGCUCUGAAGCUCCACAACGGGCCAGAGAAGAACAGCUACAUGGAGCAGAGUUUCCACGGCCUCAACCCGGUGCUCAACAUCCCCGUUAGCUUGGGUUACGUGGAGCAGGCCAAAAGGAACGCUGCCCUCACCGGCCCAGAGCUCGACCACUGGUUGGACAGCCUGGUGGGCGAGCUGUGGGAGGCAGCCGACGUCUGCGCCGUGGGCCCCACCGCCUGCCCCGUCAUGCAGGCCUGUCCCAAGAACCCGUGGAGCUCCCUGAGCCCAGACCCCAAAUCCAAACUGGGAGCGCCACGCGCCGACGGUCGCAUCAGGUAGCAGCGAGGCCUCCAGCUGGACAGGAGGCCCUGGCACUGUUUCUUUUUAUUUAUUUUUGAGGUUUGUUGCAAGUGGAAGGAAAUGCAAAGGAAGAAGGUGGAGGAGAUGUCAAGGGUGUCUGGACGGAAAGCGAGAGGGAAUGAUUUUCAGAUCCUCCCACUGGGUUCCUUCUUUUAAGAGAUUAUGCUGGCUUUGCUAUUUCAGUCUCUGUGUAUUUAUUUUUCCUCUCAUGGCUGAGUUUUACUGUGAUCAACGCUUGCAGUUUUCAAGCAUUUAGUUUGCCGCUGAAUGAAUUAUGGAGUCAGCUUUUAAUGCCCUGCACAGGGCACAGUGGUCUCAUGAGUAUGGACUGCCAACCCUUCCAAGACCUUAGUGUGGAGGCAACCAGGAACUGUUCAAAAGUAUUCAGACAGCCCAAAACUAAUUUGGAUGCGACUCAAAUGCAACACCGUUAAUAAUGAACUUGUCAAAGCCAAUUACUUUCUAGAUGUGUCUAGAUAGUUCACUGAUGUUUGUAAAUCAGAAUAAUUAACUUCCUUCAGUUCAGUGCCUGAUCAGGUUGUGGAGCUGUUGCCGUGGCUCCACUAACAAUGUGCAGCAGUCACAUUGUAUCAAAACGGAACGCGUAUACAGACAAAGGCCUCCUCAGAAUAACUGGAUUAUUGGAACAGUUUGGAUUAUAAUAGAAAUUCCAUGUAGACACUUUAGCAUUUGAUGACAUGAAAUGCUCCAUUUGUGGUUGUUGUACAAUAGUAUUAUAAGACCUAACAUUCACAUUGUGUAGAUUACUUAAACAACACCCAGAUGUUGUGACAGGUCGAGGAGAAAAAGUCUUUCGCACAUCUUGGAUUUAUUUAUUUUUUUGUCUUUCUUUUUUAUUAUUUUUUGCCAACUUGCCUCAAAAACAAAAAAAUUAUCUCAAGCUGACCUUAAAAUUCCUGUCCUUGUUUUAGCUGUCGCCUAUUUUUUUAUUCCAGUCAUUUCAACACACGUUAUGUUGUACAUAAUUAUACACAAAGUCUCAAAAAUGGUGUGAAUGACGGGGGUGUGAGUCCAUGAGUCGCUAUUUAUUUAUAAGUUUAUAUUAAUACUGAUAUUUUUAGUCAGUGACUAAAUAACUGCGACGCUGCCUUGGCAGCAUGAUAAAUAUUUUUUUGUAAAGAAAGCCGCCUUUAUUUACAAAGGCCACCACCCCGAACUUAUACUGUAUCUUUUUAUGGCCCGCACCUGUGUGUUACUCAGUGUUGUCCUGUCUGAAUAGAUCUCCUUGUCUUGGUUUCUUACAUGGCUGUGUGCCAAGCGCAUCACUAGAAAAAGCCACCCUGACCUGUGGGGUCAGAGGUCAGCUCUACUAACAACCUCACCUAACAGAGAGGGUGAAAACACUGUUCACGAGCGAACACACUGGACGGCGUCUGGAUAGAAGAGGAAACUGUCACUCUCGGUGUUUCAUGGUCCCUGUCAGUUUCAGAAUGAUAGUGCGUGGAAGUGAUCUUCAUGCUGUGACAAUAAUGUACAAUUUCAAGUGAAUAUCGUGUUGUAUCUUGAUUGCAAAAUGCCUAUUUAUUAGAUCGGGUCCAUGGCACCUUUUCGCUCCUAAUUGCAUUUGAAUUGUGCCAUCAAGACAAUCUCUGAAUAUCUGAGACAAGUUAAUUACGCAGAGGGUAGCGCCGCACCGCAACACAUCCUGAACAAGAGGUACGGUCACAUAUUUGUUUUACCUCGAAAUAAGUUUCAUCUGAAGCCAAUUAGGUUUCCAUCUGUGAGUGUCAACAUUGUUUAGUGACCACACGAGCUAAGGGAGUGUUUUUGCACAGUCUAAUUAACAGACAUUACUGUUCAUUAAUGUCAAGUUCACCUUGCCUCUCUUGUCAGAUGUGUGUGUUAUAGCUGAUAUCUCUCCUUCCCUCUCACAUCUGCAGCGCUUCUGGGGUUGGGUUGUUUUCCUCUGGCCGGCUUCUGCUGCCAUCUUUGAACUUAUAGUGCCACCGUGCUCAGAACAAUUACUCCUCGCGAGACAUAUUAUGAUGUAAGAUCAAUGACAGUUUUGGAAAAAAGGUGAAUUAAUUAAAUGUAACUAAAUGUGAAAGUCCUAUUUUGUAACAAAAUUAUUAACAAAUGAAGAAAAUGUACAUAGGUAUUUUGUAUUGAAAUUAUUGUUUAAAAGGUAUUGUACGUGUAAAUACAAAUGUGGUAAAAUGAAAAUGAGUGUCGAUAACUGGCCACAAAGAGUGAAUAGAUGGUGUUUAUUGAUCAAAGUAACAUAACCUGUUUCAGUGUUUUGGACAGAUGUGACAACAACCUUGUCCUGUUUGCCUCUCAGAGAAAAAUCACAUGCCAGAUUGUUGUUGUUCUUGCUGGAAUGUAUUGUCGAGCAACUGUUGCACAAAUUUCUCUGACUGACGUUUCCCCUGUUACUUCUUUUUCCGGGGAGGCUCUGUGUGCCUUAGCUGACUUUUAGAACCUUCUCUGUCCAUUAAAAGAAAAUCAUUAUUUUGUUAUUUGUUUUGAUGAAAACCAUGAGUCUGUCAAGUGAUUCUCUGGUACCGCAACACCAAAAUGAUGUCUGCUGUUGUAUAUAUAUCAUCAGGCCUUCUGUCGUUAUCAGCUUUUAUUUUUUAUUUUUUUCUUCCCUUUGGGAGAUUUGUUUUUGUCGUACUUGACCGGCUUGUUUUACUUUUCUCUGACUGCUUUUUGGAAAUAAAACUCUCCAGAAAAACA